CCGAAACUGUCCCGUUGCUGUUUAAAGUUUGCAGCUGCUGUACUGAUUUCAUUGAGUAGGUCAGUUAUAUGAAAGUGAGAUCUUAAGGGGCCUUAAUCAAAGUAACACUUUCUUGUAUCUAAAACAAGACAUUAUCUCCCAUAUUUCAAUGUUUUAGACCUGUUUUGCUCUGACUUCCCAUUCCUUACAGAUUUCAGUCACAGAUUUAUGUUCUGCUGAUACAGUGGAUUUGAUCUGCAGAUUCUGACAUCAUGACUGAAAAGCCACGGUGUAUUGCUGUUACCUCUUUAGUAUUACAAAUCACUCAUAUUGUUUAUCAACACAUUCAGAGGCAGAUGGGAAAAAGCAUGCUAAUGUGUUUGAGAAAGAGUCACGUAAUGGCUUUCAUGUGUUUGAAAUACAUGGAUGUCAUUCUUGAAUGGCUUUCUUGUGAAUGUUGCAUAACUAAACAUACUCCCAGCAAUGAAUAUCUCACCACAGUGCGGACACAACUGUGAAUCAUUAUGGAAAAAGAAGGGUGGGAGGACAACAUCUUUGUGUGUCUGUCUACAUUUCUACACCCUUACCUGAAUACCUUGUCACAGGAUAAAUUUAUUGCUACUAGGACUCCUAAAACAUCUAUCUAUAGAGGCUCUUUUACUUCUUUGAUAUGAUUGUUCCCUGACACAGAACACCCCUUUCACACAGCAAUUUAGUUUACUGUACAGGAGCAGUAGAUGGUGCUGAACCCAUGUUGUUGUUUCAUGGCAGAGAGCCGACCCUAUGGCUCAGGGCUGAGCUAUAUAAGCAACGGACACAAACCUGGACUUCACAUUCCCGCUCUCUCCUCCUCAUUCCAACUAUUUAGCAACUACUCUGUAAAUAUACCACAGAAACAAGCAGGAGUACAAAAGCUUUCCAUUUCACAGAAAAACCUUUGAAUCUGUGGCUGGACUAUUCUUAGUGUGGAGGGAGCUGUGUGUGAGAGGUCUGAGCCCCUUUACUGGAGGUCGGAGGUAAUUAACAGGGAGCCAGGAUGCGCUGCCUCUCAACAUGGACCGUUCUUCUGUUGGGAAUUACAGGCACCCUUUCUCAAGGGACAUGGAGAAGCAUCAUGGGGACAUCAGGGAGACCAAACCCAGCUGUGUACCAUAAUGAAGAUAAUUACAAGUGGACCACAUGGUUCAAUGUAGAUCACCCUGGAGGGAAAGGAGACUAUGAGAAGCUGAAUGUCAUUCGUUUUUAUUAUCGAGCCCGUGUCUGUGAGGUUCCUCAAGCUCUAGAGGCACGUACUACUAAGUGGAUCCCAGCCCCCAGCACUGGGGAAAGAGUGCAUUCUGACCCAGCUGUGGGCUUCUGGUGUGUCAAUGAUGAACAGCCUGUUGGGAGAAACUGCUCAAACUAUGCUGUACGUUUCCUGUGUCCUAAAGAACUUGUUUCAGAUGUUGGAGAAGUGAUGUGGGGUCCAUGGUCUGACUGGAGUCUGUGUCCAGCUCAGUGUGAUCAGGUUGCAAUACAGCAUCGCUCUAGAAGCUGCAAAUCCAGUUCCAAACAAUGCAAUGGCCAAACUGUCGAGGCCAGGUCAUGCCGAGGGCCACCUUGUCCACGCUGUGAUCUGCAGUGUGUGAUGGGCAGGGUGAAUGAUGAGUGCAGUGGCUGCAUGUGCCAGGAUCAUACAGUUUUAGGAUCAGUCCGCAGUGCUGGGGGUCUCCCUGCACCUGGAGCUGCCAUCCUCCGUGCUGAUUCCACGCCCAAACUCCUUACUGUAACUGAUCACAAUGGCCAUUUUCAGGUCCCUGGAAUCUGCCCUGAUGGCAACAUGACGCUAAUGAUCAAGCUGAAAAACCACUCUCCACACCAAGUCACUGUGCCCCCAAGCACUGAACGCACCUCCAUUCUACUUUUGAAGCUAGAGAGAGCAAAAAAACUGUAUGUGUUGAAAAACCCUGAGAACAAGGCUAGACGGGAAGGUCAGACAGCUGCCUUCUGUUGUAAGGUUGAUGGCACACCUGAACCAAACCAGUAUGAAUGGUUCCACAAUGGUACUCUGCUGGACAGGAGUCAAUAUCAGUAUGACCAGACACUGGUUUUGAGGAAUCUCAGUUUGGACCACAUAGGACAAUAUUACUGCAGAGCCAGCAAUGAGAAUGGAGCCAUCAAAUCUAAGAUAGCCACCCUGACAGUUAUUGGUCAAAAAGCACCAUCAUGCAACCCUAAGCCUGAUUCCCAUCUGAUCCGACUACCACAUGACUGCUUUCAAAACGAGACUAACUCUUUCUACUACGAUGUUGGGAAAUGCCCAACCUCUAUGUGCACAGGGAAGCUGGACAACGGCAUCAGAUGCAAAGACUCAGUUUCCUUCUGCUGUGGAAUUUCAAACAUGGAGGAGAAAGAGAUUACAUGUCAGGGAUAUCAGUUGCCCGUCAUGAUAGUGACUCAGUGUGGUUGUAAAACAUGUGUGGACACAAAGGCUAUCGUUCGUGGACGUGCUAUCGCAGCAGACACUGGUGAGCCCAUGAGGUUUGGACACAUCUUCAUGGAUGGCACAAGAAUAAGUCGAACUGGAUACAAAGGCACAUUCUCUAUCCAGGUACCAACAAACACAGAACGUCUGGUCCUCACCUUUGUAGACAACAUGGAGAAGUUUGUGAAUACCACAAAAGUCCUACCAUUCAACCCUAGAGGUGGAGCUGUGUUCCACGAGAUCAAACUGUUGAGGAAAAAGCCAGCUGUGAUUAUUAGCUCAAGAGAGACUAAUAGGCUAGAUCUUGGUGAGGUAGAAGGCCAGGAUCCCAUUGCUGAGAUUGAGAUCCCACCAAAUGCAUUCUAUAAAGGAAAUGGAGAGGUGUUCAUGGGAAAUGUCAAGGCCAGCGUGACUUUCCUUGACCCCAGGGAUGUAUCAACAGCAGCGGCUGCCCAAAGUGAUCUUAACUUUAUUGGUGAUGAAGGUGACACUUUGCCUUUAAGGACCUAUGGAAUGUUCUCUGUGGACUUCAGGGAUGAAGAAGGAGGCGAGUCGCUCAGUGCCGGAGAGGUGAAAGUGCGUCUCGAUGCAGCACAAGUGAAGAUGCCUGAGCACUUGAAGACAAUGAAAUUAUGGUCCCUUAAUCCUGAUACAGGUUUGUGGGAGGAGGAGGGCCAGUUCCAUGUGGAGAAGAAGCAACGGGGGAAAAGAGAGGAGAGGACCUUCCUCAUAGGUAACAUGGAAAUCCGUGAGAGACGGCUGUUUAAUUUGGAUGUACCUGAGAACAGGAGAUGUUAUGUGAAAGUGCGAGCUUUUCGUAGUGAACGGUACAUGCCUAGUGAGCAAACUGAAGGAGUCGUGAUGACUUUAAUAAAUAUGGAGCCCACGCCAGGGUAUUCAACCAACCCUCGGGCUUGGGGUCGAUUUGAUAGUGUCAUCACUGGUCCAAAUGGUGCAUGUCUUCCAGCUUUCUGUGAUGAACAGAAAUCAGAUGCAUAUUCGGCCUACAUCAUGGCAAACCUUGGGGGAGAAGAGCUAGAGGCAGUAGCAUCCUCUCCAAAGUUUAAUCCUAACACCAUUGGUGUCCCGCAACCCUAUUUGAAUAAACUUAACUACAGACGCACUGACCAUGAUGAUCCCAGAAUAAAAAAGACAGCGUUCAGCAUCAAUGUGGCCAAACCCCGUUCGAACACAGCUGAGGAGGCCAAUGGUCCAGUUUAUCCAUUUGACAAACUUAAAGAGUGUGAGGAGGCGCCAUUCAGUGCAGCUCAUUUCCGUUUCUCAAGAGUUGAAGGAGAUCGAUAUGAUUACAACACAGUGCCUUUUAAUGAGGAUGAUCCCAUGAGCUGGACUGAAGACUACUUGAGUUGGUGGCCAAAACCCAUGGAAUACAGGGCCUGCUACAUAAAAGUAAAACUCAACACUGCCCAUGAGCUCAACGUUCGGUCUCGCAAUAUGGGAGGUACCCAUCCAAAAACCGUUGGCCAGCUGUAUGGCAUCCGUGACUCCAGAAGCAUCCGAGACAUGGACCAAUCAACUGUUUCAGCAGUGUGUCUGGAGUUCAAGUGCAGUGGGAUGCUGUAUGAUCAAGACCGAGUGGAUCGGACCCUUGUGAAAGUAAUGCCUCAGGGCAGCUGCAAGCGAGACGGUGUAAACAGCAUGCUACAGGAAUACUUGGUGAACCACCUUCCACUGGCUGUCAACAAUGACACCAAUGAGUUCACCAUGCUUGCACCUCUAGACCCACUGGGCCACAACUACGGUAUAUAUACAGUGACUGACCAAGAUCCUCGGACAGCCAAAGAAAUUGCGCUUGGCCGUUGCUUUGAUGGUACAUCAGAUGGCACUUCUCGAGUCAUGAAGAGCAAUGGAGUGGCAUUAACAUUCACCUGUGGUGAUAAAGAGGUCACUAGGCAGAGUAUGUUUCAGCAGAUACAGAACUCAGUGGGUCAGGCCACAGCUGGAAGUGCAAGGCUGGGAACAGGAAACCGGAGGCAGAAAGGUGGCUCGACAGCACCUCGCAGUAGUAGGAGGAGGAGUACUCGUAAUUCCUACCCACGUGCCCAGACCAUUGGUUGAUAUUCCAAGAAACUUAAAAACUCUACAUGAUACAAGGCAGACCCAUACCCUAUGGGGCCUGCUCUUAUGUGAGUUUAUGUUUAAUUCAGAGUUACUGGAUUUAAGCCAUUUUAAAAUUUUGACAGCAUUACAGUUGUAUUUGAACAUGGCUGGGGCACACAGCAAUUUAGUAUUGCUGAUAACAUCAACUGGCAAAAUAUAUUACAGAUUUAAUGAAUUGCAAAUCAAAUUAAUAUUAGAGAGAAGAAAAGCCUACCAAAACGUGAUUAACAUUUUUUUUUCCAAACAGCAACUCAAGAGGAACGUAUGCUUCAUGUAAUUUUUCAUUUGUUUUCUAUUGACUGGUAAAUAGUUUACUACUUGAAAUUGUAAAUACUCAAAUAUUUAUUGCAUACUUUAGAGCAGGGGUGUCAAACUCAAUUCCUGGAGGGCCGGAGCCCUGCAGACUUUAGAUUCAACCCUAAUUAAACACCUGAUCCAACUAAUCAAGCAGGGUUGAAAACAGGGUUGGAGCAGGGUUGAAACAAAACUCUGUAGGGCUCCGGCCCUCCAGGAAUUGAGUUGGACACCCCUGCUUUGGGGUAUCAAAAACAAAGCAGUAGAACAAGGGGUUCUCAACUCUGUCUCUAGAGGUCCACUAUCCUGCAGAGUUUAGCGCCAACCCUAAUCAAACACACAUGCCUGUGGCUUUCUAGUGAUCCUGAAGAGCUUGAUGAGCUUGUUCAUUUGAGUUUGAUUCGAGUUGUAGCUAAACUCUGCAGGACAGUGGACCUCGAAAGCCAGAGUUCAGAACUCCUGCAGUAGAACAUCACAUUUCCACCCAAACAUGUAUGCCAUUUAUCACUCAUUAAUCAGGAAAAACUCUGAAGUUGUCCAAACCCUUUACAAAAAUACCAUGUGAUAAUUUAGUCCAAUGAUUUUAUUAAAUUUGACUUUUAAAAAACCAUGCCUUUGUUGUUUUUGUCCAGAUUUAAGAGUUUGUGAGAAAAUCCUCUAAGCUGUUUUUCAUAAAUAUUUUUGCUGCUAUUUCUGCAUUUCAUUUUACUUCAUA